CUCACCUCAUGCGGGGUGUCGUUCCUACCACCGGCGGUCGUUCAACCACAGUACCACUAUACCAGUAUUUAUGGCUCAGGUUAGACGACCGCAAUUAAAUGAUUAAAGAGAAUUUGCAGAAGUAAUCUCCAUUCCCCAGGCGUCGUCUAACUUGAUAAACGACUUGUUAACCUCCUGCGACUAUAGUCAUUCAGGUCCGAUAUCGUCAGUGGAAAUUUACUUCAACGCAUAGUAGAAGUAUGACAACUCCAAUCUUCUGCUCGUCAAAGAUUCAAGAAGAAAAUUUCCAGUGAUUCAUGGCGCGAGGGUUCACUCUCUCAUCGCAAACCAGAGCCAAUACCAUUUCUUUCAUGAAGAGGAUUCCAAUUUCGCCACCAAAAUGCUGGAGGCCACUCUUCAUUUCUCCUCGUCGCCGUUUCUAUCGUCUCCGCAUACCUCCCUUUGUAACUCCAACUCGCUUAUUUUGCUGCAAAUCUUCUCUUGUCCAAGACACAAUCGACUUAGCGAACUACAAGGAAGCUUUUUCGAGGCAGAUGGCUAUGGCUGGUCUCAAACGCCACCACCGCAUUGCUAUAGGAGUAUCUGGUGGCCCUGACAGCAUGGCGCUUUGUUUCCUAACUGCUGCAUGGAAAACCGAAGGUCCUAAUGCUGUUGGGCAGCAUGAAGGUUUUAUUGACGGUCUUUUAGCUAUAGUUGUAGAUCAUGGGCUACGUGCAGAGAGCAGAGAGGAGGCACACAUUGUUUCCCAUCGAGUUUCGGAAAUGGGAAUCAGAUGCGAGAUUGCCUGUUGUAGUUGGUCAGAUGGGAAGCCUAAACAAGGUCACUUGCAGGAAGAAGCAAGGGAUGUAAGGUACCAACAAUUACAGAAUAUUUGCUUUCAAAACCAGACUGGCGUGUUAGUAAUUGCACACCAUGCAGAUGACCAGGCUGAAUUGUUCAUUCUCAGACUCUCUCGCACUAGUGGUGUGCUAGGACUUGCUGGCAUGGCCUUUACUUCUCAAUUGUUCUCCUCAAGCACACAUUUUUAUGAUGAAGCUCCAAAGAAUGAAGGGAUACUUCUAGUGCGGCCGCUCUUGCAUUUUUCUAAGGAAGAUAUGUACAAGAUAUGUGAAAUGGGUGGCCAGGACUGGGUGGAGGAUCCAACGAACCGAAGUCUAUUAUAUGCUCGUAAUAGGAUUCGAAUGUCAUUAGGGAACUUCUCAUCAUAUACCUUCAAAUCUGAAAUGCAAGCUGUAAUUUCCGCCUGCCGACAAACGCGUGCUUUUGUUGAUAAUAUUUGUAGUAAUUUGAUAAGUCUGGCUGUGGCCAUUGAUGAUCAGCAGGGAUAUGGCAUCAUUGAUUUAGAGAUUCUCAAUCCCUCAAAAAUUGUGGACUUAUGCCUGGCAAAGUUUAUUGCCUUAGUCUUGCAGUUUAUCUCUCAACGUCAUAGACCAGUCAGAGGUAGCACUUCAAAAUUGCUGUUGGACUACAUUCGUACUUUCCCAUGCAAGGCCUCCCUUACAGCAGCUGGAUGUUACCUUUGUCCAGCUCCUGGGUCUAGGGGAACCAAAGUCCUAAUUUGCUGCUCUGUUGAUUGUCCUCGGCCUUCAAAAAUGGAAUUGACUUGCAUUUAUUCUGGUGGAAGACUGAGGCAAUCUGUCCCAAAUGAGUUGGAGCAAAUUAUAGCCGAUGGAAAAUCAUACGCAGGUCACUCUGUUCCCGAUGCAUCAGAUGUGUAUUUUUUGGACUCUACAUCUGAAUCAGUCCUAACAGAAGCCAAAAGGCUUAAUUUUAUCAGUGAGUCAACCUAUAGGAAUAUACUUAUGUUGCAGCGGGAUGAAAUCAAACAUUUCAAGGCCAAAACUGAAGAUAAUUUUAACUUCAAGCCAAAGGAUGAGGUUGAAUCUAUCACUAAAAAUGAACAUCUGGGACCUGGGCAAAUAUGCUAUUUCAUGAACAGGUUCUUGGUCAAAUGGAAACUGAGCAAGUAUAUUCCUGUUAAUGCUGUUCCUGACAAAACUUAUUGUGAUAGGGAUUUGGGAGAACAAAGUUAUCAUUAUUCUUGGUCUUGCAUAAUUGCUCAUGACAUGGUUGUUGACGUGAGGCACAUGGUUGAAUCUGAUUGGCUCUAUCUUGGUAAGUUGUCAAAGUGUGCAAGUUUGGAUGAUUUACGCCAGCAAGUAAUGUAUGCAGCCGGUGAAGUGGAGCAAUUAACGGAGAAGAGGAACCUGUACUUAGAUUAUUUAAGGUUCUCAGCUGAAAGAGCACUCACUUUGUUGAAAUCUAUUCCGGUUGCAGCCAGAAGAAGCCUCCCUGUCCUGAUCAAUCACCAAGGACUGCUAUUAAGCGUCCCAAGCAUUGGCUUCAAGAAUUGCCCUUGUUUGAUGGUAUCGUGUGUAUUCAAGCCAAGAGUACCACUUGGGGGAGGCCAUAGUUCAUUUAUGUAGUCUCUGUAAUCAGUUCAAUAGAUUUUCUUUUUCAAGAAAAAAAUGCGCAGGACAAAUUCCAAUUUCUGUUUGCUGUCGAGGGAGAGUGGAUUAAGCGAAAAUGGAAUUAAUACAAAUUUCUCCUCCAGGUAAAAGAAAAUUGGAAGAGGCGAGGAUUGCUGUUUUGCAUCUUAAUUACUAGCGGGACUUCGGAUAGCAGGGUAUAUAACGUGGAAAUAGCACGACCAACUCCAUAUUAAAGUUUGCCUUCGAACACAUGAAGUAUAGUCAAAUCUCAUGCAUGAGUUCGAAAAUUUUCAUUUAUUCACAAUUUCAGAUAGAAACGAUGUGAACCUUGACAGACUCUGGCCAUAAGUAGUGGCCUGUGGCCCUGUGCAGUCGACAUGAAAAGAACUUAAGAUAGUUUCGGAGAUGUAACAAGAUGCCCUAACAAAUAAAGGGCUUGAUUCUGUGUUCCAAUGCCUUGAGAUUUCAGGGACUAAAUUUAAUAACGCUUUACAAUUA